AAAUGGUGAAUCAAAACGAAUGGUACAAAAACGUGCUUUAGCUUAUCUAGAACCGAUUAUUGAACAAGCAAAAAAUCAAAGUCUAAGAGAAAAUCGUGAAAUAUCAAUUAGUAUUUUUACACAUGGAAAUUUAAUACAAUCUAUAUUACAAUAUUAUUUACAAAGUAAUCCAAAAUAUGCAUGGGUUAUUCAACAAAAUAAUACUGCAAUUAAUGAAAUUCUAUUAAAUGAACAUGGAAUAUCUGCUGUUAAAAUAAAUGACGAUAAUCAUUUGAGAUUUUUAAUUCCAGAUAUGCAAAAUGAAUCAUUAGACAAUUUAUGA